AUGCUACAUUUAGUUAUAUACGCGGUCUGUGCGGAGAAUGUAAAGGACGAAUUCCGUCGCUGCUCGCAGUUGAGCCCUCGUUCCCUGGGCAUCGGACAGCACUGUCUGGCGACAUGUGAAGGGGUAUGCAAUCAAAGGGUGGCCAUUCCCGGCACUAUACUGAUGCGCGUGGAUGACGUCGGUCCAAUCCGCAGCGACUGCGGAAACGGAAAGCAACGGUAUAUGUGCAUAAGUACUCCGGCCACCCCGCACGGCUACCCGCUGUGUACCCUGCUCGACCCGGACUACUACAAGGACCCCUCUGCAGCCUGCUGGACGGAAUGCCUCCAGCGUAAAUGCCCGGAGGGCAUGGUUCCAAAGGACAGCCACCGCACAAACUUCGGUUGUUUCGAUAGCAACUCGAGGGUACUGUGCGUACCGUGA